UUCUCAGUUACGAACAGGAUCACAAUUUUUUUCCUCCAAGAUCCGAAUUCCAACCUGUCACGACCGCGCAUAGACCAUCGUGUGCACAUAGCCAAGAGUCGCGAACUGGCGGAACGGUACCGCACGUAAGAUGAACGAACCACGGUAGGAAGGAUUUUUCAUCUAUCUCGUUCGUACGACUUGAAAUAGGUAAAACCAUUACAUAUUUCAUAUUCAUAAAUCUCUCCAUUUCAGCACAGGACUCUAUUCGGCGUCAGCAACAACGUCCAAGCCCCUUGGCUUGCCUCGUGCUUUUCUUAUUAACGCUUGGCGGGCGGUGUGUUUGUGGACAGGGAUAGGCAAUGUGAUUGAAGUAGAUUGCGGUUGUAGGAGAAUAAAAGGAGCUUGGUACCCUCCUUGGGAAUAUCAAUUCCAUUAACCUGGUCCAUCAACGUUGUAGAAAGUAAUCGAAUACGUCGCUAAGAUGUUGUUCUCAUCUCGCACUUUAGUUUCCGGCGCCGCUGCUCUGCUGGCACUAUUCAAUGUAGUCGUUGCCUCCCCACAAGGAGGACCUAUCUCAGGAUUGUCCGACCCAGCUACUAUCCCAGGGCAUUGUUCGACGACAAUGGAUGACUUUGAACAUACUACAGCUUGGGUCAAGACUCACGAAUGCUACACCUACACCAGAACGGUCCAAUCUGCUGCUUGCCCGGUCCCAACGUGCCCAUCGCCAGAUCCGGAUCAGAUCUGCCCGGAAUACAUCAAGGUGUCGAAAGUGACGGUACCGUGCUCCACUGACUGUUGCCCAACAACGUCGACUACGUACGUAUCGGAUGGUCCUUGCUCGACCUGUGAUCCGUGUCAUAUCCCGACGCAAUGGAUUACUUACACCACCGGAUGUGCUGGAACGCCUACUAUUACGUCCGAAACGAUUGUCACGCCACCAUAAGCAAGACCUAGUUCAUUAGAAUUAGCAUGAAUGAAAACUAGGGCGAUUGGUGGGAAAAUUGUAGUUGAUAGCUUUAAAUCGAGCUUCAUUUUCA